GCUAUGUGGGUAGCCCCGUUAAGUCAACGGCCUGGUUACCUAAACGCGCACUCUAAAGUUGAUUGUUUAUUUUUCUUAAAAAUGUGAUUAAUUGUGCUUGAAACUACUGCGAAAUUGGUUUCAUUGUUACGGGAAUUAACACUAAAUUGGAUAUUGUAUUCAUUGUUUAUGUUUUCGACCGUUUCCCGUGUAAGCGUGCUGCUAGUUUCCCUAGCCGCAUUGCCUUAGGCCUUACCCGCUUUCUUUUCUUUAUAUAUUUUGUGGAUUUCACAUCGGAGCGCCUCUGGAGCAGAUACUCUUGUGUGAUUUUUGAUUCUUUGGACUGCGUUGCUAUUUUUCUUCCCACCAUUUGGACUCCUUUGGGAAAUAUCUGCGUUUGUAAACUCGUUGUUGAGCGUGGACGCUGCGCGCUGGCGCCGAGACGCCUGCUCGGGCUCUCUCACACGGACGCUGUAACGAACACUGACCUCCAUAACCCGUCACCGGACCCUUAUUUCUCGUUGUAAUAUUCUGAAUUCCGGACUAAUUGUAGUGUUUGGUAAUUAUUAACAGCCUCUGGAUCCAUCAUGCUACGCUGCGGGUUUUCUUAAGUUGCUAAUUCCGCUUCUUGUUGUUGGGCUGUGGGCUGAAUGGGGUUUAUUAGGCCUGAGCUUAGAGAGGAAAGGGAGUGAAUAGCUGAUUUGUGUUUUAAAGUAGAUAAUCUGAUCUGACAGGAAAGCGUGUGUGUAAAAAAAAAAAAAAAAAGGUGAAAAAAUGUCUUGUGUUCAUUAUAAGUUUUCCUCUAAACUUAACUACGACACGGUAACUUUCGACGGGCUGCACAUCACCGUGAGCGAGCUGAAGCGCCAGAUCAUGGGCCGGGAGAAGCUGAAAGCCGCCGACUGCGACCUCCAGAUCACUAACGCACAGACUAAAGAAGAAUACACUGACGAUGGUGCUCUAAUACCCAAAAACUCAUCUGUCAUCAUCAGACGAAUACCCAUCGGUGGUGUGAAGGCCGCCAGCAAAACGUUUCUCAUUGAUCGAUCUGAACCAUCAAUUGGAUCUUCAAAAGCCAUUGAUGAUUCUCCCUCCAUUUCUCUGGCCCAGCUCUCUAAGACGGCGAAUCUCGCAGAAGCAAACGCCUCGGAGGAAGACAAAAUCAAAGCAAUGAUGUCACAGUCCAACCAUGAUUACGACCCCAUUCAUUACACAAAGAAGCUUGUGGGACCCCCGCCUCCGAAUUACACCUGUUUUCGCUGUGGAAAAAGUGGACACUACAUCCGAAACUGCCCAACAAACGGGCAGGAUAAAAGUUUUGAGGCACCUCAGCGGAUUAAAAAGAGCACGGGGAUUCCUCGCAGCUUUAUGAUGGAAGUGGAUGAUCCAAAUAUUAAAGGUGCCAUGCUGACCAACACGGGCACUUACGCCAUUCCCACCAUUGACGCUGAAGCUUAUGCCAUUGGGAAGAAGGAAAAGCCACCCUUCGUCCCUCAGGAACAGUCUUCUUCCUCUGAUGAUGAAGAUCCCGUUCCAGACGAGCUGCUCUGUCUGAUAUGUAAAGACCUCAUGACUGAUGCCGUUGUGAUUCCCUGCUGCGGAAACAGCUACUGCGAUGACUGUAUAAGAACAGAUUUGUUAGAGUCGGAGGAACACAUUUGUCCCACUUGCAACCAGUCAGAAGUUUCUCCUGAUGCUCUAAUUGCCAACAAAUUUCUACGUCAGGCUGUAAACAACUUCAGGAAUGAAACGGGCUACACCAAGCGAAUCCGCAAAACUGCCGUUCAGAGUUCUGCCCCUGCCUCCCAGCCUAAUCCCCGGGUUCAGCGCCCUGUUCAGACACUCAAACUUUUAAAUUCCCGCAAGCAGGAUCCACUACGCGCCAACACACCACCCCAAAACCCACCUGCUGCUGUAGCUCCACCCCCUGCUGUCACACCACCUACUGCUAUCACUCAACAGUCCCCGGCAACGACCCCUGAGGUUGAUGCUCCACCCGUGGCUAGUAACAGUAGUGCCACCCCCACAGUGGCUCUUUCUCCUCCACAGCAGCCCAAGCAGGACGAUGCUGUCAUGCCUGUCAAAGAGCCAGAAACACAGCCGACAUCUGCCAUUUUACCUGACAGCCUGCUUCCUACGCCAGUUAUUCCAAAAGGGCACCAUGUUCCUGUCAUCAGCCAGCCACAUGUGCACACACUUCCUCUUCCCAUUCCCAGAUCAGGACCACCACCGAGACAUAGUGGCCCAAGACUGACAUUACCUCGGCCUGCAUGGGAUCAGUCCUCAGGCCGAGGCCGGCCCCUCCCUAAUGAUCGGCACCCAAGGGCACAGGUUCCACCGGUCCAACCUCCACCUGUCGCUCCCACCAUUUAUCCACCCUCUCUUUUCCCUCCCCCUCAGCACACUUUAGCCCACCCACCUGGCAUCGUGCCCCCACAGUACCCAAUACCGUUCCCUCAGGGGCAACAACCUGCCCCCCCUUUCAACAUUCCUCCCCCAGGUUUCCCCCCUGCCCCAACAACUGUACCCAACCCCUGGGCACCAACAGGUACUCAGCCCACACUCCCAACCCCCCCAGUACCUCCAAUACCAUCAGCACAUUUUCUGUCCAAGGAGGAGUUCUAUAGACAACAACGUCGACUGAAGGAAGAGGAAAAGUCCAAACUUGAGGAGUUUACCAAUGACUUUGCCAAAGAGUUGCUGGAAUACAGAAAGAUCCAGAAGGAGAGAAGACGGUCCUAUUCCAGGUCAAAGUCUCCAUAUCGUUCCUCCUACAGUGGCUCUUCUUACUCCUACUCAAAGUCCAGAUCACGUUCUCGUUCCUAUUCACGCUCUUUAUCACGAUCUCGCUCCAGAUCACGGUCCCGCUCACGUUCCCGAUCACGUUCUCGCUCCUACUCCCCAUACUCCCGAAGAGGCAGAGGUCGUAGCCGGAGUUAUCGUUCUAGAUCUCGCACACCUCCAUACCAUCGUUCCCGAACUCGCUCUCCUUCCUAUAGAGGGCGAGAAAGCGGAGGAGUGAGUGGCGGCCAUUAUCGAUCUCGCACUAGGUCACCAAUAUAUAGGACUCACAGUCCUGGCAAGAAAUUGCCUCCAGCUUCUCAGGUAGAUGACCGCAAGUAUGGAGGAAGGUACAGAGAGGUUCCUCCAUAUGAUGCCAAAGCUUACUAUGGCCGCGAGGUUGAUCAGAGCGACCCCUAUGAAAGGGAGCGGUACCGAGAAUGGGAGAGAGAGUACAGAGAGUGGUAUGAGAAGUACUUCAAGAAUUACGAAGGGCCACAAGGUGGACAGAUCAGAGGCCGUCCCCCUGGUGGCCGAGAUACAUAUUCUCCAGAACGUUUUGCACCUCAGAGGCAAAGAGAAAACUCGCCGUAUGGAAGGGGGCGCCGAGAGGAGUAUCCACCACACAGCAUCCCACCAAGAAAUCGUCCAUUGACGUAUCAGGAAAGGUGCGCAGAAAAGUAUGGCCACCUGCAUGUCAACAAUGUGGCAGUUGGACGAGGAAUAAACAAAGAAAUCCUGAAACCCACCAAAGAACGAGAACCAACCACAAGCACUUCUGUGGACUCAAAGGGUCUGAAACACAAGAAACAUAGGAAAAAGAGAAAAGGGGAGGAGGGAGACGUCUUUAGUCAUUCCGACUCUAUGGAUGAAAUCAAGAAAGAUGAACGGAAGGGAGACUCGAUGCUGAUGAAUUCGAGUCGUGAUGAUGCCACACCCGUCAGAGACGAGCCCAUGGAUAACACCUCUGUCCCCUACAAGAGUGCUUCUGACAAGGAGAAAAAAGAGAAACCCAAAAGCAAGACUGAAAAACCUAAACGCAAGGCUGAGAGUGGUUCACAAAAGAAAGAAGCUCUGCCAAAAAGCACCAAGCCCACCAGAGAAAAGGAAGUAGAUGCCGUGCGUGAAAGGGUCGCAUCCACUGAACCACCCAUUAAAAGGAUCAAAGAAGAUCCUCCUCAGAAGACUGAUGUAGGCAAACAACAAUUAUCUGAGAAAGCCAUGCUUCCUCGCAAAUUGAUGCCGUCUAGACCAUUCAAGCAACACCAAGAGCAAAAAGCUGUCAAAGAUGAACCUAAAGUUAAAAAAGAACCAGUCAAAGACUCAACUAGGGUUGAGAAACCUCCUGCCAAAGAUGGAAAACUCAAGUUGGAAAAGCCCAUCAAAACUGAAGAGAAACCCCUCAAAGCAAGUGAGAUGAAGGUGGAGAAACGCAAGCGAAAAGAGGAGAAGCCUCUUGUGAAGGAGCCGGAGUUCACACAAAAAUCUCCAAAGCUUGAAGUUGCCGAGAUGGCCAACGUUUCUCCCAAGCCCAACCCGAAGGCGGAGGGCGAGAAGCCGAUACCGAAGGACAAGCCUGCCAUUCCUUCUCUGAUGGACAUAAAACCCGAACCUGUUAGAAAGAUUAAACUCAAUCGUGAGAGUGGAAAGAGGAUUGUGAGUACUGAGCGAAUUUCUUCAGAGGAAACUGGUGCUGGGAAGAACAGACUAGACCAGAAGUCAAAGCUCAAGAUACGACGCCAGGUUCAUGGCACGGACCGAUCUGGGUCCACGUUGGUCGAUUACACCAGCACCAGCUCAACCGGUGGAAGUCCCAUAAAAAGGCACGAGGAGAAACCGGACCUGAGGAAGACCGUGGUAAAAACACUGGAGGAAUACACCAACGACAGCUCAACACCCGCGGAGGAUGAAAUAGUCCUCAUCCAGGUACCUCGCUCCAAAUGGGAGAAAGAAGACUUCGACUCUGAGGAGGAUGACUCCAAGGUCGCAAAUGCUUCUUCUGGAAAUGGUAAUGCUCCUGCAACUAAUCCUGCUGCUGCUGCUUCUCCCCCUCUUUCGACUGCUUUAAAACCUAGUGACAAAGACACUAAUAAAACACUCCACGAUUCUAAAGAUGUUCAUCCUGAGGCUAAGCCCACAAAGGACUUGUCAAGUGAUAAGGAGAAAGAUAUCGAGUGCGAAAGGGAGCGCGAAAGGGCCAAGGAACGAGACAGAAGCAACUUCGAUCGCGAUGUCUCGGACAGAAAGAAACCUGUUCCAUUAAAUCAGGACCGGGAGCGAGCGCAGGAGAGGGGAAGUGACCAUGGAAGUGAAAGAAGCUCUUCAUCUCAGUCAUCCAGAGACAGAUUAACUGAUAGGACUGCAUCAACAUCCAGGAAGCCAUCGAGUAGAGAAAACAGUGCGAGUGUUGGUGACAAGAAACAGGAACAUCGUAGCAGCGCAAAAGACCACACAGAUUUCCAACAAAAAGACACAAAAUCAAAAGAACAGCUCAGGAAGAGAGACUCGCCACCUCCACCCUCGAAAUUGUCCAUAGACACCAUGAAAAGGGUGCCUACUGCGUCCCAGGAGUCCAAGAUCUUUGAACAUAGUCCUCCUGCGGACAGGAAGAUAGUGUCUCGCGAGUCCAGAAGGGCUGCUUCUGAGGACACUAAAGCUUUAGACAAGGCAGUACACAGAGAAGGAGCAAAGCACUCUGAUAGUCGCAUAGCAAAGGACAAGGAGCAACACAAAGUGAACCAAAGCAACACAUUAACAGAGACCAAGAGUGACGUUGAGAGAAGCGACGCCCGAGUUAAACCUCCUUCCGCCCGGUCCACACGUCUGUCAUCCGACUUGGCACGGGAGACGGACGAGGCUGCGUUUGUCCCAGAUUACAGCGAGAGUGACAGUGAAGCCUCAGAUCCAGAUAACAAGCUGGAGUCUAAGGAAAAGAGACAGGACAGCAGUGUGAGCCCUGUCCACAGUAGGAGCGCCAGCCCCACCGGAAGCCAUGCUCACAGCAGCAGCCCGAGCUCGCCAGGCAGUCAGGACAGCAAGAAAAAGAAGAAAGAUAAAAAGGAAAAGAAGGAAAAGAAAAAGCACAAAAAACACAAGAAACACAAAAAACACAAGAAGCAUGCAGGCAACGAAUCAGAAUCUGAUGCCAAGGGACAAAAACACAAGCAUAAGAAAAAGAAAUCAAAAAAGAGUAAGGAUAAGGACAAGGAGGAUAAAGCGAAAGAGCGGGACGAGAAGGACAAGACGAAAGACGAACAAAAUGACGCACAUGUUUAAGUUGUUCUGUGACUUUUCUAAAGCUCUGUGGUACAGGAACAUAGACAUUUCUGCAGAUUCUAAAGACUACUGUUCAAGCUAAUUACUUUGUUUUUCCAUAGAAAUGAAUAAAUUAACCGCUAAUGUCUGCCACAUGAAGAGAGGGAGGUGUCCUUUAACAGUAAAGGCUGGUGUAAUAAUUUGCUCUGAAUUUAUGUGCAUAUUUUGGAUCUGAUAAUUGUUUUUGGUAUUAAAGGGAUAGUUUGGGUUUUCAAGUCUGUCUUAUGUCACAAUUCAGCAAUAACAUUGACUGCCACCUAGUAAUGAGUAGGUCGUCCUCUCAAAUCUUCUGUCACCAGAAGUGAUGCACUGUGUUCUGUCACCUUUCUAUUAGAACCAGCAUUAACUUUUUCAGUGAUACAGUAGCUCUUAUAAUGGAUUGCACUACACGUGCAUAGCUCUAAUUGCUGAAAAGAUUAACCAUACUUGUUCAGAUAGAAAUGUGUCAGGACACACAAGGGGAUCUGGUCAAUAUUAAGCGGUUAAUCAUAAUCUUAUUGCUGGUUGGUGUGUAUACCUCCAUUUUGAUUUAAGACGCACUUGAAAACAAACAGACUAUCCAUUUAAGUAUGUAGAGGCCAUAAACCAGGCACUUUAGAAAUAUGAACAUGCCCUUUUUACAUCUCCCUUUUUAUUCCUUUAAUCUGAGGAUUCUGAUCAUUAAUUGUGACGGUAUUAUUAAUCCUGAUACUGUUCUAACUGGAUAUAGCACGGGCGGUAGGCAUAGCAUGCAAUGCUCUGCUUCAGAAAAGUUUGCACUGUGAAUAUUUCCUCUACUUUUGAGUUUUGUUUUGUUUUUUUUAUUUUACAUCACGUUCUCAUGAUGGUUAAUUUAAACUUACCAGAAAAGUUUUGUUUAAGGUAAUAAAAUCGAGCAAAAUUUCAAGUAACUUGCCUCCAUUGAUCAGUUAUUUGAAUACCAUGACAUUUGUGAUUUAUAUUAAAGAUAUUUUGCUUUAAAAA